AUGUUGUCUAUUUUAGGAGAUAAACGUAACCGUGAUUCAACAAUUCAUCGACAAACGUCAGAUAAUAAUACUUCUGUAAUGCUUGUAAUUAUUGUUUCAAUAUUUUUAAUUGUUAAUUUACCACAAGCAUUGUUUAUGGCAAUGCUUUGUGUUUAUAAUACACUUGGAUUGAGUAAUCGUUUACUUGAAGGAGUUUUUCCGAUAACAUUUCUGCUUGUAAAUAAUAUGCUAGUUAUGGCCACUUAUCCAAUUAAUUUUGGAAUUUAUUGCUUUAUGUCCAGCAGUUUUAGAGAUACUUUUCGAAUGCUUUUUUGUAGAAAUCGAAAUAAUAAUAAACAAUUUGUUGAUGCUAUACCCCAUCCAAGUCAAAUACCAACAGAAAGUCGAAGACUUAUCUCUAUGGGAGGUUUACCAUCAGAAUCAAAAGGAAUAUCAUCGUCUUUAGUUCGUAGAUCUACUGAUCCUAUUGGUGGACAUAAUAAUAGAAAUUUAAGGCAACAAAAUAUCAUUGAUAGACAACAAACUGGUAGAGUUUCAUUGCCAGCCGCUUCUUGUUUAGAUGAUUCAGAACAACAACCAUCAAUUUAUGAACAAAAAUUAAAAAAAGAAUUAGGUAAUAAGUAG